UAGGGUGAAGGUGAAGAAAAUGAAAUAGAUAAUAGUAGUACUGUUUUUGUAAUCUAAUCCACUUUCAAUUGCGGCACUAGCCAAAUGCUAUCUUCUCUUCUCGAGUUCCCUGCUACAACCUUCAACUUCACAGAAUGAAAACCAUGUCCAUUUCUACCACCUCCUUCUUCUUCCUCACACCCCCGCCACCACUACCUCCUCUCUCCACAUUCACACAACCCUCCUUCUUCCCUGCUUUAAAACUCAAACCUCUCUCCCUCCAAACCACCUCACGCCGCAACCCUUUCUUAACCCGCGCCGACGACAGCGACGGCGAUUCCGCCGCCCCCGACGACUACGGGAUGGACGAAGAUGAAAUGGAGGAGGUCGACAACAAAGAGGAUUUCGACAUCGAGUACGAUACGUUGGCAGCCGGCGACGGUGACAUUGCGGCAGUGCAGAGCACGAACUUCGUUUCUACGCAGGGUUGGGAUCCUGAUACUCUUGUUGAUUACAGAAUCGACGAAGAUGAGUUUCAUAAGAUUAGUUUGUUGCAUUGUGAUUUCUUCAUACGGAAACCUCCUGAUCCAGAUAAUGAUGUUUAUGAUUUCAGAGAGAUGUAUGUUACUCCUCCAGAUACAGAUGUUUAUUCAAUCCCUAAGGUUCUUGCACCAAUGCCUCAGAAGUACAUUAGAUGCGCCAAAAGUGAUUUUGGAUGCGACAAUGUUACAGAACCACCCGUUGAGGCACGUCGAGAUCCUCUUUAUAAACAUGAGAGGGAAAUCGAGAAGGUAUUCUUGACAAAACACUACAAAAAUCGGAGGCUGGGAGACCCUGAGUUUGUCCUAGAUUUUGAGGAGAUUUAUGUUAUUGAUUCAAAAACUAAGUCAAUAACCAGAGCCAAAGUUCUGGUAACAGCUCCAGGAGGGAGAACUAGAGAUAGAAAGAGCGACUUGCUUGUUAUAGCUGAUAAGGGCAACUCCUUCAAAAUAAUCCACGUGAGUGAAAAAGAUGAUCCAACAACUGUCAUAGAAAGACGAGAGUGGAUCCAAACCAGAGAAGAAAUGGAGAGACAUCUUAGAAAGUUAAGAGACUUCAGCACCUCAAAUUGGUUUUGAUUGAUAAUUAUGUAUUCAAGCACUGAUAGGUAGUUCGAUCUAACUCGUCACGCGUGCAAACAUCAAUUAGAUUCAACCUUCCAUUUUUGACAUUGUGUACAAGUUUCAGGAUCUUUUGUAUAUUAUGUUGUAAUUUGUUAGAGAUGCAGCUUAUUGAAAUCCAAUUAUCUAUAAUGGCAUGGUUGUUUAAUCUCAA